AUGGCGACUAGGAGCCCCCAGUCCGGCGAGAAUGAGGACGAUCCGUCUCUAACGGAUUUUAAGUAUUCGAUGGAGGACGAUCACCCAGAUGCCGCCGCAGACCCUAAAUCACUGCCCAUGCAGAAGAGGCGUCGCGUUGGCCGUGCGUGCGAUGAGUGUCGACGGAAAAAGAUCAAAUGUGACGGCAAGCAGCCCUGCACCCACUGCACGGUUUAUAGCUAUGAAUGUUCGUACGACCAGCCGUCUAAUCGCCGUCGGAACCCUGCCCCGCAAUAUGUCGAGGCCCUCGAAGCUCGCCUCCAAAAGGCCGAGGCGCUGCUCAAGACCGUCCUGCCCAAUGUCAACCUCGAUGACCCGCAACUAGACGUACAUGCGACGGAACAGAGAUUUGCGGCAGCCCAGAAGGAGAAACAAGCGACCGAGGCCAAACUCGCCGCGCCAGCAGAGGCGCCAGAAGCGGGGGAUGAGGGGCUCCUCGAAACCAUGGUGGAUAAUUCGGGCUGUCUGGAUCGCGACGACCAAGGCCAUUGGGAUUAUCAUGGACACACGUCGGGAAUUAUAUUUGUGCGCCGCUUGCGCAAACAGCUGGGCGCCGUGGACAUUACAAGCCCUAUGGCAAGGUCGCGCGCCUCGAUUUCCGGGCAGAUGAUGGGAAGUCCCAAGUCAUUUUCCGAAUCACCUCAGGAUACGACAUUGCCUCCUACUCACGAUCUUCCCCCACGAGAGGUCGCUCGUCGCUUGUGUCACAAUUCGAUCGACCAUGCCUGCUCGCUGAUGCGAUUUGUCCAUGAGCCCUCGUUCUUCGCAAGUUUGGAACGCAUCUACGAUACCCCUCCAGAGCAAUUCACAAACGAGGAGAACUCGUUCUUGCCGCUCUUAUAUAUCGUCAUCGCUGUUGGCUGUCUGUUCUCAGAAGACGGGCAGGGACAAGGUACCCUCGAUCUGUCUGGCUACGAGGGCGCCAUUGGGCAGGGAUUCCAAUUCUUCAAGGCUGGGCGGCAACUUUUGGAGAUCACCGAUUGCCGCGACUUGCCCUCCCUCCAGGCGAUCUGCUUCAUGGUCCUUUUCCUUCAAUCCUCCGCCAAACUAAGCACAUGCUAUUCCUAUGUAGGCAUUGCGCUUCGCUCAGCGCUCCGACUGGGUCUCCAUCGCAGCGUUGCCGCAGACUUCAAUCCGAUUGAACGGGAGCUUCGAAAGCGCAUCUUCUGGGUCGUCCGCAAGAUGGAUGUAUACGUCAGCACACUGCUGGGUCUCCCUCAAAUGUUGAGCGACGACGAUAUCGACCAGGAGUACCCAAUAGAGAUCGAUGGGGAUUUCAUCACCACCGAGGGAAUUACCCAACCGCCGUCCAAUUACACCCCCUUGAUGGCAGGGUGCAAUGCACACACUCGUCUUUCCGCCAUUAUUUUGAAGGUGGUCAAGUACAUCUACCCAGUCAAGAAUGCUCGCUACCGCUCGAAAUCAGACCAACGGUACAUGGUCAGUCAUUCUAAGAUUCGUGAAAUCGAGCGGGAUCUACAGAACUGGAUGGAGGAGUUACCUCCAGCCCUGCGACCUGGCACAGAAGUGUCGCCCCAGUUAGAACGUGUCCGACAACUGCUUCGUAUCAGCUAUGCGCAUGUGCAGAUGGUGAUGUAUCGGCCAUUCCUCCACUACGUAUCGGGGGGCUCGCAGGCGCGGGGCGUGGACAAGAGGUCUUAUGCUUGCGCUGCUGCAUGUGUUAGCGUUUCCAGGAACAUCGUUCACAUCACGACCGGCAUGCAGAAGAGAGGUCUGCUCAAUGGAUCGUUCUGGUUCACCAUGUACACGACCUACUUUGCCAUUCUUUCCUUGCUGUUUUUCGUCAUAGAGAACCCGGACUCCCCUACCGCCAAGGACGGUGUGUUGAAGGAUGCUAUGGAGGGCAAGCACACUCUCGCCGGGCUGGCUAAGAAAAGUCUGGCCGCCGACCGGUGCUCUCAGAGCCUGAACUGCCUGUUCAAGACCCUACCUGAGAUGUUGAAAAAUCGCCAGAGCUCUAAACCCGCUGUCAAUCGCAAGCGGGCUGCGCCAGAGCACACGGGGGUUGAACCCAAGCCCUUGGCAGAGAAGGCUUUACCACACCGAUCAAGUACAUUCCCAGUGCAGAUGAUGCAACAGCAAGUUCCAAAAGACAUACAUAAUCGCCGCCAACAGAGUCUGGAUAACACCCAGAUCAACAAUCGUUCUGCCGAUGCCAAUAAUCAAUCUUCAUGGGUCUCCACUACGCCGGAGCUGUUGACUGAAACCAUGACCACACCGGAACAUAUCUCUUCGACCGGAUCGAUGAAUCCGUCCAUCUCCAGCCAGGAGCCAUCGAGCCUAGCGUGGGCACAACAAUUCACCAACCCCGCCAAUCUCCCAGAUCUCAUGCCCAUGAUGUUCCCAUCUGACGAUCCAUUCGCGUAUCCCACACAGCCCAUGUCCACCCUGGAAGACGACCAUUUCCGCCACGACAACGGGAUGCCAUCACAAUACCCCUUCGAUCCAUCACAAACCGCAGGCAUGGGCUCAACCACCCCAGGCGACCACAGCGUUGGAGUCUCCACCCCACCAUUCGACCUGUCAACCCUGUCGAACUUCUCAAUCGGACAGCCCCAGAGCUACAGAUCAUCAGUCCCAAGUCACCUCCGCCCCUCCCAUUCCCGAAGUUCAUCUCGCAUCCAGUCCCCGAUCUCACAAAGCCAAUCCUCAAUCGAGGCACUGGGCAGUCCAGACCUCGUCUCCAUCCCGAACCAAAACUUCGUCUGGCAAAGCUACAACUUCCAGCCUAACGACCCCAACCAAAUGGCCGCUGAAUCCAUGGCCCCAAAACAAGAGAUGUCGGAUCCAGGCCAGAUGCAGACUGAAUUGCCUGAUUUGACCGCCGGCAUGGAUGAGAAUAUGGGCAUGAAUAUGGAUCUGGGGAUCUCGUUCGAUGAUCUCUUCGGAAAUAAUGCCGCUUAUCGACCUGCCCACGCGUCGAAUGAUGAGUGGACUCAGUGGAUGAACAACAAUACUUGA